CUGCUGUUAGCAAAAGAUACGGUCGUGUGAGUCCAUGAGCCUUUAACAUCUUGCGUUUCGCUGAACCUUUGAGAAGAUCUGGUGUCAUGAUCACUAGUUUGACUUUCGAUGACUUCGUUGUUCUAAAGAAGCUUGCCUGCUACCCAUUUUUCUUCGACAGAUGUCGAAAACUUCCAGCGUGUUACAGUCAGAUUCCAGCCGAUGAACAAAAUUUUACGCUUGUUCCGGUUGCAUCAGCUUUAUGUAGAAUGGUGUUGUGAAGAUGACGAGUCCCACAGUUUCCAAACUGGUAAUCCGAACAGACGUUCUGCGAAUAACACAAAGUUUGCAUGUUUUGUUCAUUUAUUUCUUCAUACCUGCAAUCGUUGUUGAAUGUUUUUUGCAUCUUCACGAUUUUAACACAUUUUCUCCACAGUCCCGUCAACUUUGUUGCUUCCCGACUGCGUUUCGUCGAGUUUCGCUUGUAAACAAAAACAUCACCAGCCUGCUGCGAGCGAGCGAGCGAGCAAGCAACUCUCCAACCUCUCCCCUCACACACAUUGCUGGUGAAACCCGAACAAAGCAAAACUUUCCGUCUGGUUCUGGUCAAGGCUCCGCGCAGAAAAGUAACCAAAUCGCGUGCAAAACGGGCCCCGAUCCGGCCAAACUGCGUCACAAAACGUGCGGUUAGAGAGUGACGUUUGGAGUGCGGUGAAAUUUCGCGUAAAGUUGCGCGAUUUUGGGCGGAAAAGUCGAGGCAACACAGCAGUUCAGGAAAGGCGUGUAAUAAAACGGGAAGAAAUAUUGCAAGAACCGAGCUUUGCGAGCGCCCUUACCAGAUAGACACCAACACAAUCGCACCCAGAGCGCGCUGAAAAUAAGUCUGGUUGGAUAUCUGGUUUUUUUUGCAUUACCCAUACAGAAGCGAGAAGGCAGCUCGUGGAAAGUUUCCUCCGCACAGCAAGAGAGGGAGACACAAGAACAACAAGCCAGUGCACGAGCGAGAGAGCAACUCGUAUCGAACAGCUGAGAAACCUUGAAAAUUAACUCGUACACACCAAAACAGUGAGUCGGAUUCGAGCGUAGAAGGAGUUGGAGGAAGCAAAUUCAGUGGAAAACACUGAAAGAAAACGGAAGAAGAAAACGAAGAAAGUUUGCGUGAUCGUGAAGAGUACGAGGGUACGAUCAGAGAGUGAGUGAGUGAAACAGUGAGUGAUUAGAAGGAAGGAGGGAGAAAGGGUCAAGAUGCCGUGGUACGCACCAUGGUCGAACGUGAUCAAGAAGAAAGUGUGUCGGUUCCUGCUGCAGCGCUACCUCGGUCAGUUUCUCGAGGAGCGGCUCAGCCUGGAUCAGCUGACGGUGGACUUUUACAACGGCACCGGCACCGUGUACGAUGUGACGCUGUACUGCCAGGCACUAAAUGACCUCUGCGAGGGCCAGGGCUGGGGCAUCGAGGUGCUGAGCGGCCACAUCGGUGCCGUCACGGUCAACAUUCCGUACGAGGCCCCGCUCGCCAAGGACAGCUCGAUCGAGGUGACGAACCUGUCGAUCAGCGUCCGCCCGAAGGCCCGCUCCACCGAUGGCACCUCGAUGUUCGAAUCGAUGUGGUCCUCGAUGUCCAGCUCGAUGCAGCUGGCCCAGGAAUGUCUGGAGCGGGAAGGGGGCGGUUCCGGCGCGGGUUCCGGCGGAGGAGGACAGGAGACACCGACGAACGCACCCGCCACCACCAUCGAGGGACUGGAGAAGUUUGCACAAAUCAUCGACAACGUGCUGAACCGGAUCAAAGCCAAGCUGGUCAACACGGAAAUCCGGCUAGAAUACCUGCCACCGGACAGCGAUUGCGGGGUCGCACUCAUAGUCAAAGUCAAGAGCAUCGAGUACCAGAACGAAGCCGGAAGCGACCCGCCGGACCGUUCGGACGCACCAUCCUCGGGCAGCGAUGACCAGCAACAGCCCAAGCAAAAGUCCUUCCUGAUCGCGACGCACGCAACUCACCACAUCACGAUGGAGGGCAUCACAUUCUACACGGAGGAGUUCCGGAUACACAGCCCUCGACGGCAGCAGCAGCAGCAACGGCAGCGGCAGGAAACUUGCGAAAAGUCGGUCGCGAGCGAACAGUUCCUCAGCACGAUCUCGGACCUGCCCGAUCCGAUUAGUAGUUAUACAAGCGUUUGUGAUAAUAGCGUUAGUGGAGCUAGUUUUAAGCAAAGUGAUAGUGGAGAGGAGGGGGAGGAAGAGGAGGAGGAGGAGCAGGUCGAGGUGUUCCGUUCGGGGGAGAUAAUGGUGGGGAAGAUUACGUCGAAGCAGGAGAUUCGACUUAAGAUGAAGCAGGCGGAUAACCUGGCGGGGCCGAACGUGGAGUUGGAGAUGUCGCUGGGAGGGUUGCAGCUGUUUAUGUCGCCAAGGCAGUUACACUCGGUGGUGCUGCUGAGUGACACGUUGCUGGGGGUGAAUGCGGCACCGUCGACGCCCAAAUGUUCGCCGCCGGAUUUGAAUACAGCGGGACCGGGUGGGAACAAUGAGUAUGAUUUCAAUAAGCACAACUUCAACCAGAUGGGAGGAGGGGUUGGUAUGAACCAGGGCUGGUCACUGGCGGAUCCGAUGCAGACAAUAAUUCAGGAGCAGGCGGCUCAGUUCAUGGACGAGUGCUACGCCAUUUCGGAGAUGAUCGAGUCCUCGAACAGCUCCAUGACCUGCUCGUUUUCGUCUUCCAGUGCGGCGUCGCGGACUACGUCGGCGGCGAGUCGACGGCGCCAGAUCAAUCCGGACGCGGAUGCUGACAUUUCCAAGUUCAAUGUCCGAGUGGCGGCCAUCGCGGUGGUUCUGCUUCACGAGGAUCUACUGGUGGAGAGCAGUCAGUUCAGUGCCAACGAAUCGCCGCUCAGUGAAGCGAGCGUCCAGCAGCUCCAGGCCAAGGCGGACCGAUUCUUCCGGUCAGUCGGCAAUCUCGGCCUGGGGCUCGGUGCAAACGAUAUUCUAAACGCCGGCCUGAUCAUGGACUCCGGUUGUGAUAGCAGCCAUCUGCGUCUGCUGAUGGCACCGAUCAUCGUGGAAGGAGAAGAACAACGAAACCGGCUCGGAUCCGUCCUGCGGUUCUCGAUAUCGAUCGCCCGGGCCGAUCUCCGGGAGGUACUGACUGAAGUGGCCGUUCCGUUGGUCGAGUUCUACCGGGAAAAGUGUUCCAGUGCACUGCCCAAACGGCCCGAAAUCACGAUCCAGUUCAAGCAAACUUGCAACGCCCUCAAAGGAUCCAGCGGAAAGCGAUUCGCACCCCCCAAAACGGAACUUCACUUCUCCCUAGCACCGUUCCUGUCCGAGUUCGACAUCACCAUCCUGGACCGGAUCAGUUCCCUGAUCUACCACUUCCCCUUCGCUACUUACUACACCCAAACAACUCCAGUGAACUCCCCCGACUCCCCAACCGGAACUUCCCGCAAGUUCGAACCCAAAACCGAACUUCACCUGGACGCCCCAUCCAUCGAAUUCCGGCUGCGCUUCCCUAUUCCAGACCUGCGACCAAUCCACGACCCACAGCGCGUUCCCUGGUGGCGUCGCAACAUCCGGCCAGACUUCAUCCUGGUCAAACUGCAGCAGGUCCGCGUUAACAUCGGUCUUACCCCGCACCCUCUCUACGACAUCGCCGCCAACGAAAUCCAGCUGUUCUACCACGAGACUGAACUCAAGCACGACUGCGUCAACAUCGGCAAAGCCGUCAUGACCGACGGCGACAAGAAACCGGGCGUCGAAUAUCCGCGCAUCGUGAUCGAAAUCCCCAGCGAGGCCGCCAUACAGAAGCUGCAGGAAAACCCAACCAAUCAACCGGACGGUCAGCGAAGACGCGGCGAAGAAAGUGACAGCGAUCCGACGUCCGGCGAAAGCUUCGGCGUUACCACUGGGAAAAGCAAAGAGGACACUCCGUUCAGCGCGAAGCGCGUCUGCCGCGAAAGUGACACCCCGCACGCGAAGGCCUCGGUGGACGAUCCGGAGACGCUAACGCUUCCCGGAGACGCGGAAGAGCUGCGCACGUUCUGCGAUGCCGCGAUGCGCCUGAGCAAGCUGCAGAUCCGGAUCGAGUUGCCCGUCGUCAGCUUGCAGUUGAAAUCAAAACACCUGUACGAGGUCAUCUACAACCGCAUCAGCACCGACCUGCUGCUGUGGGAGCCGAGCGCACCGGCGGCGACGGCCGCCGCGGAAGCCAGUGCCAACGCGAGCGCGUCCCGGGUGGCGUUCCAGGAACCGCACAUCAACCUGGCCUCGAUGGGCAUGAUGGACAGCAUCUACGCGCCCUUUACCAUGUGCCAGAGCGCGAUUCAGCUGGAUUCCAGCUCGUCCGCUACCAACUCGGAGUCGGAGUCCGACUCGGACGGUAUCUUCUACUCGGUCUACGACCGCAGCGGACGUAAUCCGGCCCAGCAGUCCCAUCAUCAGCACCACCACCAGCAGCAAAACCGAAGGCAUCAGGCGUCGUCCCAUCGGAAGGCGUCUUUCGUGGACCGCAGCAACGCGAUCGCGUUCCAGCUCAACAUUGGCCAGGGCAUGCUGACGAUGUUCGCUCCGGUGCGGGAUGCCCAGAACCACGUAAUUCCGGGACAGCUGGGGGAGUUUAUCAUCAAGCUGCAGUCGACGUACGUAUUUUCGGUGAACGGCUUUCACGGCAACUCCAACCUGGGCUACCUUUGCAUCCAGGGCAAGGCAGCGGAUAUCUACCAUUGUGGUCUCAUACCAACCCCGGCCAACAAUCCGCCGCUCAGGCUGGUCAACAGCGUGCUUCCAGCGUACAUCCUCAGUACCCUCUACCCAACGCCCCGAAACCUAACCCUGCACGAGCAGCGUGGCUGCCCGAACCGGGAAAUGUUCUCGCUGGCCAUCCAGAUCAAAGCGCUCCCCGAGCAGAGCAUCAAGCGUAUCCGGAUGUCGGCCGGCAUCCAGUUGACUACGCUUCGGCACCACUCGACCCUUCCGCAGCACUCGUGGCUCACCCAGCUGCAGGACAUGUUCGACGUGGUGGACUACCCCGUCCAGGGCUACACGCCGCUCGGGGUCAUUACCGAGAUGCACCUGCACCUGUGGGACUGUGCCAUCGACUACCGGCCGCUGUACUUCCCGUACCGGGCGAUCAUCACCGUGAGCUCGUUCAUGAUCAGCAGCAACAUUGCGGCGGAGUGUGCGGGCUUGACGUUGCGGUUUAUUGCGGAAGAUGCGACGCUCAGUUUGGCGCCGCAGAUCGUUCCGGUGGCGGGAAGUGACGAGCCGAAGAAGAGCGCCAAGGAGGACAAUAAGAUCACGGUGGUCCCGUCCAACGACCUGGUGUGCUUGGUAGAGCUGGGUCUGUUCGAGAUAUCGCUCCGGUUGAACGAGAAGGCGACCAGUUCGUUCCCCAAGUUCGACCUACGGACGGCCAUCAACGAUGUGCACGUGCGAACCUGUGCCGAUUCCGGCCGGGCCCUAGCUCAGCUGAUUGGCUAUCUGGCCUCGGAGGGCGAUCUGGUGGUGCAGGAUGACGGAUCGAGUGAGAUCGGGGAUGACACCAGUAGCGUUGGGGGGCUUCCGAUGGGAUCGGAACAGGAGGCGGAUCUGUUGCCGGUUAAGCCGAGCCAGUCGGCGCCGGAAGUGACGCCGAAGCAGCAGCAACGGGUUAACACGUUGAUGGCUGAGGCGAUGGAGGAGAGCAUGUCGUUGCAGAGUACGUUUAGUGACUCUUCGAGGGAUGAUCAGCUGCUGGCCGAUGGGGAGGGCGUUGAGGUGUUCUUCUUUCCGGAUGAGGAUCAGAAUCGGGCGGCGGCUAGGAAGAAGCUGGUCAACAACUUGGUGUCGGAUCACAGCAAUAAGAGGAGGUUCACGUCGGAUGAUGAUUCGUUGAGCAUCGAUGAAGGAUCGAGCGUUCCGUCUUCGUAUCAGGACGAUGAUCACUACUUGAAGCAGCGGCCUUUUGACGAUCGUUCCGAGGAUACCGGAUCGGUGAAUACGGAGAUGCGGGAGCUGCUCAACUUUGAGUGUUCGGUGAUGGGAAUGCAGAAGGAGCAGGAAGAAGAUGAAGCUGUGGAAGCGCUGCCACAGGUGACCAUGGAUUUGGGUGAUGUACGAAAGCACCCGACAAACGUGGACAAUAAGGCCACAUCAGGCGUGGCAAGAAAGGUCAGUUCCGACACGGAUGAAGAUUUCUGCUUCAUUGCCGACGAGGAACGGCCUCACUGUAGCAACCAGGAAGUCCCGGUGCUGGAAGAACCCAUCCGCAUCGUGGAUAAUCACUUCAGUGUUCCAUCGGGCAAGCCGGAUCUUCUGCUGGCUCCACAAGGUUUCCCGAUGGCCGUCACCCGCUACACAAUUUGUGAGAUGUCCGUGACGUGGCAUCUGUACGGAGGUCACGACUUCCAAACCGAAGAAGAUCGGAAGAAGCCCAAGGUGAAAAAGUCGGAACACAGUUUCGCCCAUUUGCCAAUGUCAGAAGCCUACAAGAGCGGUGUCAGCUACUCGAAGGGUUCACCAGCGGUCACGUUCGGUCCAGUAACCCAAAAGCAAACCUGGAAGAGCCGCGGAGGUCUCGAGCGCAAGCAUGACGUCAUGAUGGAGGUGCAGAUCAACAAGGUCAAGUUCUCGCACGAAGUGUACCCACCAAACGCGGAGCAGGCCUCCCGUCAGGUGCUACUCAUCACGGAGCUGGAAAUCUGGGACCGCCUCGCCAUCUCGGACAUCAAGAAAUUCCUCUACCAAUCCAGCGUGGGUCAACGCCCAAGUAAAGGCAACAACCACAUGGUGGUCAUCAAGGCGCUUCACCUCCGGCCAAAUCCGGUUCUACCGGCCCAGGAAUGCUGCCUUCGCAUCUCGAUCCUCCCAAUCCGACUCAACAUCGACCAAGACUCGCUCCUCUUCCUGGUCAACUUCUUCAACCUGCUCGGCGGUGGCGGUGAUCUCAGCGAAACUACCGAAACAGGCAAGUACCAGCAACCCUCUAGUCGGGCCAGCCAAUCUUCCACGACUCCCUCGCAUCAACCUCCGGUCAUGAUGGUGGAACUUCCGGAAGCGGCACAAGAACUAGCCGCCCGCAAGCUCGUCUCCGAAAACCUAAUGCUACUCAUCGAAGAGGAGGAAAAGAACAAGGAAAACCCGCAGGACACCGGUACCGAAAUGGGCGACGACUCGCCCCCGAUCUACUUCCGGAACGUGAUCUUCGGCCCGGAUGUGCCCAUCCGGAUCGACUACCACGGCAAGCGGGUUGAACUGUCCCACGGACCGCUGGCCGGACUGUUGAUGGGACUGGGCCAGCUGCAGUGCUCGGAGAUCAAGCUGAAGAAGAUCUCCUACCGGCACGGAAUUCUGGGCGUUGACCGCCUGCUGAACUUCCUGCUGCAGGAGUGGCUCCAGGACAUCAAGAAGAAGCAGCUGCCGAAGAUUCUGGGCGGCGUCGGGCCGAUGUACUCGCUGGUGCAACUAUUCCAAGGUAUCUGGGAUCUGUUCUGGUUGCCGAUCGAGCAGUACCAGAAGGACGGAAGGAUCGUGCGGGGGCUGCAGCGCGGAGCGCAGAGCUUCACGGCUAGGACGGCACUGGCAGCGCUGGAGAUUACCACCCGGAUCAUUCAUUUGCUACAGAUUACCGCCGAAACCGCGUACGACAUGGUAUCGCCAGGCCCAUCGGUUCGCCGCGGCCGAGGCAACAAGAAGGGCAAGCGGAAGCGGCUGCACCCUCCGCAGGACAUCCGCGAGGGCAUGACCAACGCCAUUCAGAUCGUGCGGGAGGGCAUCUCCGAGACCGCCCACAACCUGGUCGAGCUGACCGCCCUCGAGCACGACCAGAAGGGCUACACGGGGGCGGUGGGGGCCGUGAUGCGCCAGAUUCCGCCGAUUGUGGUGCAACCGAUCGUGCUGGCCACGCAAGCCACCAGCAACGUGCUGGGCGGCGUCAAGAACCAGCUGGUGCCGGACGCGAGGGCUGAGGCGCGGGAAAAGUACAAGGACGACGUGGAGUGAGUCAGCUUGGUUGUUUUGUGGUAGAUUUGUUUUGUGUGUUUUUUGUUUGGUUUUCUUGUAGAAGAAGGACGAAUUUUAAGUUGCGAUUUUUUUUUGUCACAGCCCGAAUUCGAUCGCGGUGUGGGGACAGCAAUCAUAUUUUACUAGCCGUAAUAACAAGAAUGUAAGCAUGUGAUAAAGAAACAAUUUUCUACGUGAGUUGGUGGCUUGGAAUUUUCGGCAACUACGACUCGCAAAAAUUUAAUCUUGAAUUGUACCGUUUUGGAGGAACAUUUUGAGAAGAAAAAAAGAACGACAAAAUCGCACCAAUUAGUAAGCCAAUAUGAUAGACGAUUAAUCUCUCUCUCUCUUUACUACGAAAUGCCUUUCCCAAAAGGCAACUCUUAACAAGAUUUGUUCAUGCUGCUAUUAUAUAGAAUUACUCUUAUUCAUUGUAGUGUAAAACUAUAUUACGAGCAUCCAUAUUUCCUAUAGGAACUAAUAUUACGAAAAACAAAAUAACUCUUAAAUUUUGUCUAAGAAGCAGAACAGCGAGAAAUCGGGCAGUUCUAAACGAGAAAGGAAAGUCAGUCAGUGAUUGAACUUUGAUUUUUGCCUAACUAUUAUCAGCACACACUUUAUUGAUUUUACAGUGCAAAGAUGAUCGUUUCUUAAUGGAUGAAAAAAAAAAAAACUUGUGAAAGCUAGAGAGCGUGAACGUGAGAUGAGAAACUAUUAAAGUUUAAAAUUAUUCAGCAACAAUUUGUAUUUUCAUAGAGUUGGAAAGGCUCGCGAGCUGCGCGAGUGCUUUCCGGAGGAAAUAAAAA